AUGCUCUAUAAAUUGUUUCCUCGCAUGCGAGUUUGGACACUCAAGGAGCGCCAAUUGUCUUCCCGGGAUGCACUCGUUUAUCUGGAUCGCGGCAUGUGUGUGGUUGGUUGGAUGCCGCCAAAAAAUAAGUGUUGGCGUCGCGUAUACGCACUGUGGUCAGCACUUACUACUGUGAUGGUAAUGAUAUUGCUGGUCUUGUCGCUGUUCAUCAGCUACAUCAAGGAUCUGCGUAGCUUCACAGCCGGACAGUUUCUCACUUCCUUGUCGGUGGCUCUCAAUUGCCUUGGAUUGAGCAUCAAGGCGAGUUACACAUUUGCUGGCAUGAAACGCUUUCAACAUGCCAAAAAGCUUUUGGAUCGCAUGGACGAACGUUGUCGUAGUGCAGAACAGCGUGAGCAGUUGAAUCAGAAUGUGGCACGUUGCAAUCGCAUCUAUAUGUGCUAUCAAGUCAUGUAUUGCUUCUAUGCGGCAUCCACAUUUCUGGCUGCCGCCUGCUCGGGUCAAUUACCAUGGAAACUCUACAAUCCGCUCAUCGAUUGGAAAGCGAGUGAUUUUAACUUUUGGCUGGCUGCAUUCGUCGAAUAUGUUUGGAUGUCUGGCGCUGUGAUGCAAGAUCAAAUUGCCGAUCUGUAUCCCAUCAUUUACUUCCUUACACUUCGCACUCAUCUCUUAAUGUUGAAACAGCGCUUGGAACGUUUGCGCACGGAUCCCAGGAUGAACGAAGAUGAGAAUUAUGCGGAGCUCAUCAAGUGUAUUAUUGAUCAUCGUUUGAUCAUUGAAUUUUGCAACACCCUAAAGCCUGUCGUCUCUGGCACCAUUUGUGUGCAAUUUCUUUUAUGCGGCGUUGUCAUUGGUCUCUCCAUGAUCAACAUAAUUUACUUUUCAAACUUCUGGACUGGCCUCGGCAUUGCCUUCUUCAUUUGUGAUCUGCUGAUGGAAACUUUUCCCUUUUGCUACAUUUGCAAUAUGAUUAUCACGGACUGCGAGCAGCUCACAAAUUGUCUUUUUCAUUCCAAUUGGCAAUCAGCGGAUCGUCGCUAUAGGACAACAUUUCUCUACUUUCUGCAAAAUAUUCAGCAACCCAUUGUUAUGACAGCGGGCGGCGUCUUUGUCAUAUCACUGGGCACAAAUAUUACUGUCGCCAAAUUGGCAUUUUCUGUGGUCACCUGCGCUAGGCAAUUGAACAUUGCCGAGAAGUUUAGCUAA